AAAUAAAAUAAAAAAGGAAACAUUUCUUUACUCUUUUUUUUUUCCCCAACCAUCACUUUAUGUCUUCACGACACAACCCGAAUCUUUGUCAACAACAACAAAAGGAAGUCUCACCCACUCUUCUCCCGGCCUUAGUUAUGGCCUUUGUCUCUGCCCGUCUGCCGCUGUCAUUUCUCCACCAGUUUAACCUCUCUUCUCUUCCUUCUUCCCGUCCUUCUUCAUCUCUUCUGCUAAAAAUCCCCCGUCUUCUCUUCUCUGCUCCCAACAUUUCUUCAGCUGUGUCGCCAUCAUCAUCAAUAAUUCCCCCUCCUCCUCCUCCUCAUCAUCAUCAUCAUCAUGGGCUAUUUCUCAUGCAAUGCAGAAACUUCCGUUGCCACGUGUGAUUCCUACAACUUCAAAUUAACCAAAAAACUACCGCCCUCCAACAAAAUCACCCUCUUCUCCUACUCCGAUCUCCAUUCCUCCACCAACGCCUUCUCCCAGGGCCACCUCCUCGGCAAGGGCAGCCACGGCAGCGUUUACAAAGCCCACCUGCUUCUCCACCCCCGCCAACACCUCGUCGCCGCCGUCAAGAUAACCAAGCCCACCUCCACCAACGCCCCCGCCGAAAACGAGAUUGAGAUCCUCUCCCACGUCCAUCAUCCCCGUCUGGUCAAUCUCCUCGGCCAUUCCGUCGAUUCCCAUAACAAUAAAUUGAUCGUUGUCGAGUACAUGCCAAACGGGUCCUUGUACGAUUUGCUCCAUCGUUCGACCAGGCCGCCCGGUUGGACCAGGCGUGUCCGGUUCGCUUUACAACUAGCGAAAGCGCUUCAUUUUUUGCACUCCUCUAACCCGCCGGUUAUCCACCGGGACGUCAAGUCCUCGAACGUGUUAAUCGACGCGAAUUUCAACGCGCGGCUCAGCGACUUCGGCUUGGCUUUGAGAGGACACGUGGAGGACGUUCGUGUGAAAUGCACCCCGCCGGCGGGGACGCUAGGGUAUCUGGAUCCGGGCUACCUUGCGCCGGGUGAUCUCAGCACCAAGUCCGACGUGUUCAGUUUUGGAAUUUUGCUGCUGGAGAUGAUCAGCGGGAGGAAUGCCAUCGACGUGAAUUACAGCCCGCCGUCGGUGGUGGACUGGGCGGUGCCGGCAAUAAAAGCCGGAGAUUUUGCGGGAGUCUGCGACCCGAGGAUUGGGCCGCCGGAGGAUGAGGCGGCGCUGCUGCAGCUGGCGGUUUUGGCCGCAAAAUGCGUGAGGACUUCGGGGGCGAAGCGGCCGGCAAUGGCGGAGGUGGUGGAGAGCCUAAAAGGUGUUUGCAAGAGAGUGAAUUAUCCGGUUUGGAAUAACUUGGGGAGAAGCGUGGACUGCGUGAGAGAUCCCACGCGCGUGACUACUAAAUACGAGCCGCUGGAUGAAAGUGGUGAGAUGAUCAAGACCGCCAGAGCAAGCAGUAGAAGGACCAGGAAAGUCUCGAGCGUGGGGAGCCUCGAAGGUGGAGGGAGCGAGGCGACGGGUAGAGAUCGGAGUGAUCGAAUUGGAAGGUCGAGAUCGAUUGGGUCGUUUAGGGAGAUUGAAUUUGGCGCGUUGGAUUUGAGCAGUAACGACGGUGGUGUAGCAGGAGGAGGGGUAGCGGGGAGGAGGAGGAGGGGAGGAUUGGCUGUGAAGAUGCCUAUAGUAAGGUUGAGUAAGUCGCGGUCAAUGGGAAUGUUGCAAAGCACGAGAUUAGCGAAUAAUAAUAAUAGUAAUAUUACUGCCACCAAUAAUAAUAAUAAUAAUGAAGGGGUGGUGGUAAAAUUGGUGUGGAGUCCUGAUGAUGGUAGGGAGUUGGAAGAGUCGAAAUUGUUGGUGGAUUCAAGAAACGAAACUCAAGAAGGAUGAUCCAUUACAUUACUGAUGAUAGGAAAAAGAGAUUAUUAAUUAAUUACUAAUAUCACCAAUACUGAAAUGGUCCAAAUUUUUAUACUGUAGUUUCUUCGAUCUCCAUCUCUGCUCUCUAGUUGGUGGAUGGAUAGAUAGACAGACAGAUAGUUCCAUGUGUAAAACUGGAGGGUUUUUCCACAAUCCCAUAUUCUUUUUGUUCUUUUUUCUUGUUGUAAAGAGUACUUGUUGAACUGAAUCAGUCAGCUGGUUGUUUUUGUGUACCAUGUAUGAUGUGAUAUAUCUCCGCCGGAAGUCCAUCAAUCGUGUUCUUUCUUAUGAUUUCAUCAGCCAGCCGGAAUGAAAGUUGUUUCCCACAAAUGCUUCCUCAGUGAAAAUGAAUGAAUGAAUGGUCAAAAGAUUAUUCCUUUUUCAUCUUCCAUCCAAUAGAGAGGUGGAGAAAUAAAGUAGCUGCACUUUUCAGAGCUUCUUCAUUCUUCUUCUGCCCUAUGCCACAAGCAAGCGUGGGACAGGUUUUUGGUAGCCUUGCUGCUGGAUUCUUCAGAAUCCAUCCAUGAUUGAUGGAUAUUCUUCAAAGCUGCGGCGGCGUUGGUGGAUUAUUGAGUGAGGGUGAGGCCGAAAACUUCCCUUUCACCAGCGGACAUGAUUUUGAUAUCAUCAAACACUGCAGGUAGUGGCAUUGCACUGCAGCUGCCUAUAUCCGCCGCCGCUUCACCGUAAUCUCAGCUAAGCUAUUCACUGCUCUGGGUAUGCUUUUUUUUUUUUUUUUUAAAGAAAAAAAAUUUCUUUAGAUGCUCAUUUUCAUGUAAGAAGUAGACCAUCUUGUGUUGUGUUAUUGGCCACGUGAGCUCAGUCUUUCUGGUUCCUUAGGUGCUCAUUUUCUUGUUUAUUUUAUUCAUGUUUUUGGCAUUUGGCUGUAACAUCAGCUUAGAAUUCUUUCAGCCACCUUUUUUACUC